AUGGGAGCCGAGGAGAGGCGCAGAGGAGGCGGGCCCCGCGACAGUCUGGCCGAGGCGCGAGGCCCUCCUCCCGCCUCUCCGCCUACUCCAUCCUCCGCCGCCUCAGCUUCCCCAGCGAGCCCUGCGGCCGCCGCAGCUGCUCCCGCGGCGGAGCAGGAGCCGGAUGGUCAGAGGAGCCCGGCAGCCUCAGCAGCCGCGGAGUCGCCUGGCCACCAGACUGACUGGCACAGUGGAGAAACCACCUCGAAAACGGAAAAGCAGGUAAGGACUGAAUUUGCUCUUAAAGAAAUCAUGUCCUCUGGAGGUGCUGAAGAUGACAUCCCACAGGGAGAGAGGAAAACAGUCACUGAUUUUUGUUAUCUUCUGGAUAAAUCUAAGCAACUGUUCAAUGGGUUAAGAGAUUUGCCACAAUAUGGGCAGAAGCAGUGGCAAUCCUAUUUUGGAAGAACUUUUGAUGUGUACACCAAACUCUGGAAGUUCCAGCAGCAGCACCGACAAGUCUUGGAUAAUCGGUAUGGCUUGAAGCGGUGGCAAAUAGGGGAAAUUGCUUCUAAGAUUGGGCAGCUAUACUACCAUUAUUACUUACGCACAUCUGAGACCAGCUAUCUGAAUGAGGCUUUCUCCUUCUAUUCUGCAAUCAGACAGAGAUCAUAUUAUUCUCAAGUCAAUAAAGAAGACAGACCUGAGUUGGUAGUUAAGAAGCUACGAUACUAUGCAAGAUUUAUAGUAGUGUGUCUUCUUCUCAACAAAAUGGAUGUUGUAAAGGAACUGGUGAAGGAAUUGUCCGAUGAAAUUGAAGAUUACACUCACCGCUUUAAUACUGAAGAUCAAGUGGAGUGGAACCUCGUGCUUCAAGAAGUCGCAGCUUUUAUCGAGGCAGACCCCGUAAUGGUGUUGAAUGAUGAUAAUACCAUUGUCAUCACAUCUAACCGCCUUGCUGAAACAGGAGCCCCACUGCUGGAACAGGGCAUGAUUGUGGGACAGCUGUCUCUGGCUGACGCGCUCAUUAUUGGUAAUUGUAAUAACCAGGUUAAGUUCAGUGAACUAACUGUUGACAUGUUCCGGAUGUUACAAGCCCUGGAAAGGGAGCCAAUGAAUUUAGCUUCCCAGAUGAAUAAGUCAGGAAUGCAGGAAUCAGCUGACAAGCCUACCAGGCGAGAAAAUCCCCACAAGUACCUGCUCUACAAACCAACCUUCAGCCAACUGUACACAUUCUUAGCAGCAUCUUUUAAGGAGCUGCCUGCCAAUAGCGUGCUUCUGAUUUACCUGUCAGCCACUGGCGUUUUCCCAACAGGUCGUUCUGAUAGUGAAGGUCCUUAUGAUUUUGGAGGGGUUCUUACUAAUAGUAACCGGGAUAUUAUAAAUGGAGAUGCCAUGCACAAACGCAAUCAAUCUCACAAAGAAAUGCACUGCCUCCAUCCUGGAGAUCUCUACCCCUUCACGAGGAAGCCCCUGUUUAUCAUCGUGGAUUCAUCCAAUAGUGUCGCAUAUAAGAAUUUCACAAACUUAUUUGGACAGCCACUAGUCUGCUUGCUUUCUCCUACAGCAUAUCCAAAAGCUUUACAAGAUCAAUCUCAACGAGGUAGCCUCUUCACACUCUUUUUGAACAAUCCUCUAAUGGCCUUCCUAUUUGUCUCUGGAUUGUCAAGCAUGCGCAGAAGCCUGUGGGAAAAGUGUCAAGAAUACCUUCGAAAAAUCAACCGCGAUAUUGCCCAGCUACUGACCCAUUCACGUUCAAUAGAUCAGGCAUUCCUCCAGUUUUUUGGAGAUGAAUUUCUUCGCUUGCUUCUCACAAGAUUUGUCUUUUGUUCAGCCACCAUGAGGAUGCACAAGAUUUUUCGGGAAACACGGAAUUACCCAGAAUCAUAUCCACAACUGCCAAGGGAUGAAACGGUGGAGAACCCUCAUCUCCAGAAGCACAUUUUGGAAUUGGCAUCCAUUCUGGAUGUUCGAAACGUGUUCUUUGAAAAUACCUUGGAUGACUAUUAAAACAAAAACCCUCUUGUCGAAACACUUUCAUUUGCCACAGAUUUUAAAUGGUGCCAUUUUCUAAUGUGAUGACAGACACAUAGUGGUGUUACUUCGUUUUUAUUUUUUAAUUUAGGACCGCCAUUUUAAAAACAAACCUAAAACAUUGUUCAAACGUUUAGGGUGGCUGUUUUAAAAUACAAUCUUUCAGGUCUUUUAAAAACUAGCUUAAUUUGGGGAUUUUUAUUUUUUUGGUUUUGAGGUAUGGAUAUUUGCCUCCAGCAUCUUACCCUACCCUCAAAUAUUCACUGUUCUCACUCUUCAAAGAGCAAAUUAUUUAUUUUUGUAUAAUGAGGAAAAUCCAACUCUUAAACUUGGACCUUACAGUGUAAUUGUUCACAGAGAUGAAACUAGCCAGCAUGGACUACUAAAAAUCUAGAACAGAGUCCUGCCAUAAUAUUUCUUUUCAUUCCAAGUUAGUAGGUAGAAACUGUGUGAAGAGUAUAAUCGAGACAGUUCUUGAAAUCAUUUAACUUGCUUAAAUACUGUCAUAAUUUCUAAAACUAUAUGAGAUUGAUUUGCGCCUGAAAGCUAAAGCUUUAAUUGGGAUCUUGAGAAUGAUGAAUAUCAUCUGGAGUGUGUGAAUCCUGUCCUGUGAGAUAUGUUUGCAUAUUUUGUUUUCUUCGUUAGACUUUGAGUGCUGGAAAUGUAAAAGAACAACUUUUAAAUAUUUCACUUAAAAAUCAGAUUGUCAGCUUUUUAAUACAGUAUUUCCAGUAGGAAUUCUAUUUAAAUUCUUCAUUCAUACAGUCAGGUUUAAAGACUGUCUAGAUUGAAGUCCAUGGCGUACAGUACAGAGUUUAUAAUCUUUUUGCAGAGUUAAAGUUUGUGAGACUUCAGAGUCAGAGAUGGUAUUAAUUUUAGUUGCGGGCAACUGAGUUGUUAUGUAACCUAAGGUGGAAGUUGUUUUGCAUUGACAAUUUGGCAAUAAGAUGUUUUUUAAAACUUCUUGUACUUAAUAUUUUAUAUUCACGCACAAGUUUUUUAUUAUUUUAAAUAGGACUCAGUGUAUAAUAUAAAGAUUUUUGUGUUCUUUUCCCUAUCAUCCCCUUCAUAAUUUCACAGGUACUAGCUAUGAUAUUUGCCUCCCUCCCCCUGCCCUUUUGACUCCACUCAGAAAGUUAUGAAUCAAAGUCCUUCUACUUAAUUUUCUAUAUACAGGCUCACAUUCUACCUCUGGCAGGCAGUCCUAGGAGAAAUGAGGUGAUUGCUUUUGGUGCCUCUUUCCUAUGUCCCUCGGGAAAUUUUACCGUUAUAUAUUUUUAACUUUGUUUUCAUAGAGAAUUACUUGGGUCUGAGUUAUUCAUAUACUUGUUCUAAUUUGCUGAUAUUAUAUCUGAUAUCUUGAAGUUAUUGUUCUUGGUUUUGGGGGACUUUGUGGUGUUUUAUUAAUUAAAAAAAUUUUUUUUAUUGAUUUCAGAGAGGAAGGGAGAGAGAGAUAGAAACAUGAAUGAUGAGAAAGAAUCAUUGAUUGGCUGCCUCCUGGAUGCCCCUCACGGGGGAUCCAGCCCACAACCCAGGCACAUGCUCUGACUGGGAAUCAAACCACAAUCUCCUGGUUCAUAGGUUGACGCUCAACCACCGAGCCACACCUGUUUCAUUAAUUUUUAAUUAUUUUUGUUGGUUCUUUUAAACAUAUUUCAGAAAGCUUUGGAAAAGAUAUUCUGGAUAGAGAUUACCUUUGCUAGUGGGUUGUUUUCCAUUAUCAGAUAAAGACCACUUUCUCUUUUUCUCAGCCCCUUAAUAAAUUUCAUAGCUUUCGUGUCGCCAAGGUUUUCACCUAGACUCCAGCAAUAGACUGGCCUAGUUGUCCGAACUCUUGUUUCAAUUCUCCCAAAGUUCUGUGCCAGUAACAUUCCUAACACAUAUAUUCCUGUUCUCUGAUGCUUAAAAUGGUAUUGUACAUCCUGAGCUUUAUCCUCACCUGUUUAGCAUAAAGAACACUGGUCUGAGAACUAGGAGUCCUGAGUUCUAAUCCCGCUUUCCCGAUAACUAGCUGUAUGCCCUUAAUAGGUGUCUUCAUGUCGCUGCUUUUUAGCAUUCUCAUCUAUAAAAUGAAGGCAUUAGCCCUAGAUCCUGUCCAACUCAUUGGUUCUAUAAUUUGAAUUCUUGGUUCCAAAAGAUACUGAUUUCUCCACCCCGUCACCUGGAAAACUAGUUUUCCUGAUUUUAGUGUACACAACAUUUUCUUUUCAAGAUCAUAUUUAACUAGUUUUUAUUCAAGAAAAUAUCUUAGCUGUUGUAGAAACUAGUUCAGAGAGAGAAUCUGAAAUAUUAGAGGUUUUGUGAUUAGAAAUCACAACUAGGGUUUAGAUGAUGACAUUGGCUUCUUAAGCUACUAGUAGUGUAAUUCCUUACUGGUAGUUAAAAAUUUAAAGCGAACCAAAGUGAUCUUGAGAGGAAAACUGCUAGGAAAGGCUAAGCUAUUGUUUCAUUCAGGCCUUCAAAAAAAAAAAGUGUAUUGAACAACUGUACUCCAGAUUUUAUUCCAGGCACUGGAGAAGCAAACAAAGUAGACUUAAAAAUUCUGGUCUUCAUGAAGCUUCAUUCUAGUAGGAAGAGUCAGGCAAUACAUACAAUAAUUAAGUAAAUUUAUAUUAGAAAGUUAUAAGUAGUGUGAAGAAGAAUCAGGGCAUGGUAAAGGAAGUUUUUCCGUUUGUUUUGUGGCAAAGAGCAAUGUAGAAAUGAGUGAUCAGGGUAGGCCUUACUGAGAUUACAUUUGUGCAAACAAUUCAUAUUUAUCUUUUCUCUCUGUGUGUAUGGUUUUGCUUUUUAUUGUGGAAGUUUUACAUAUAAACAGAGUUUAAUGAACCCCCUUGUACCCACUACCAAGCUUCUACAUUUUAAAAAAUAAAUUUCUAUUGAUUUUACAGAGGAAGGGAGAGAGAGAGAGAGAGAGAGAGAGAGAGAGAGAGAGAGAGAGAGAAAGAAACAGCAAUGAUGAGAGAAAAUCAUUGAUUGGCUGCCUUGUGCCCUGACCAAGAAUAGAACCAAGACCUCCUGGUUCAUAGGUUGAUGCUCAACCACUGAGCCAUGCCAGCAAGGCCAGCUUCUACAUUUUAAGGUGUUACUUUAAUUAAGGAAGAAGCAGCGUAAAAGGACAAUCGCCCCAGUGGGCUCUAGAUGGCAGUGGCCAAGAAUCAGUGCAAACUGCCCCCCUUUAUAAAUAUAAAAAUAGCAAGCUUUUUAUUUAUUUAUUUUUAGAAUUCAUAGAAACUAAAAUAUUGGAACUAAGAACAAAGCAAAGCAAUAGGAAAGGGCACUUUUUUGUUUUCCAAUUGCACAAACCCCCCCUGGAGAUUCUGAUAGUCUCUCACCUCUCGUAAAAAUCACCGUAAACAGAAUAGAAAGUGUAAGACUGCAAAAAGUCUGUUAUACACAAAACAAAAAUAAGCACAAUGGAAUUAUUUUCUCUUUCUUUUCCCAUAUAUUUCUGAAGUUGAUAGAGCACUUAUCUUCCCUAUUUUACAGAAGAGAAAUCUAAGGUACUCCCCCCCGGCCCCCCAAAAAUUGUCAGUUUAUUCACAGUGAUAGUGUUAGAACUCAAAUCUCCUGCUCUCAGCCCAGUCUUUCCUAGUCGCUCAGGUUUUCUACAAUGAACAAGAAAGAAAUAAGAGAUUUAUAUUUUGGCACAAAGGUUAUGGUAUUUUUAAUAUCAAAUAUUGAAACCAGUAAAUGAGUCAGCCCUAGCAAAUUUUUAUUUAUUAAUUAUAACUUAUAGUCCAUAAGUUAGACAUUUUGUCUUUGAUUUUAGCCUGUGUGUGUGUGUGUGUGUGUGUGUGUGUGUGUGUGUGUCUGUGUGUCUGUGUUUUCUUCUUAGGAAGUGGUGCUCUCAAAACCUCUCAAAGCACAUAGAAUUUAUUGUACUCUUUAUAUUUUUACCGAGUUGAAAUGUUUUGAGAUUAUAAAAGCAAAGUGCAAUCUAGUUAUGACUGAAAUUUUUUAAAUCUAGGAUCUGGAUUUUAUUUUUCUUCACUUGUGGCUUCUGCCCUUCUUUCUGUUCUUGUAAUAGAAUUUCCUGAAAGUGAUUAGGUGUGUUAGAUGGUGACUGAACUGAAUUUCAUUGAGGUAAAGGGAAAAUCAACAAAUACGCUUUUUUGUAUAUCAGUUAUGGAUCUUUCUGUAGCAUUCCUCUUUAAGUUUAAUCUCUGAUCUUUGUGACUUAGCAACUUUCUGUUUCUUAGAAGGGCUUUGGACUCAGUUGAAAAAUCUUGUACUUAGUUAUCCAUGGAGACUUGUAAUCAGCCUGAUACACAGAGAACAUUCUUGACUGGAAAUACAGUAAGGUAUGAAGGUCUGCAAACUUGGCUUCUGCCAGUGAUUCAGAACCACCUCCCCACCCUAAGUGAGUAAAAGAUUUGAUUUUAAUAUCAAUGGUAUGAGUCUCCUGGUGAUAUUUUGGGUGUAUAUAUGUUCCUGUGUGUGUGUUUGGAGAGUGUAAAGUGUAUUUACAUUGAGGGCUCUUUUGUUGACUUUAUUUAUUUGAAAUUCUUAUUUGUAAUGGCAUGUGUAUAUUUUUAUGAUGCUAAAUGCAAUCUCUGUGUAUACUUUUUGUAUAUAUGUACAUAUUUGUAAAUAUAUUGGUAUGCAAUGAUAUAGUAUGUGUAUAUUAUAUACCCAUAUCCAUUGUGGGCUAAAUUUAUUUAAGUUCUGUGAGGACAUCAUAGUGGCAUUGUUCAUGCUGCUAUAAUUAGGUUGUGGCUGUAUCUCAUUCAUGAGCCUCUAUUUUGAGGGGCUUGUGUUUGGAUAUAAUGGGUUAAUUUGGAGUUGAAAUUAGGAUACAAAGAUCUUUAACGGAAAGCUGGAUACGCUUAGCUUAAAAAUCAUCUGCCAAUUUUCAUUUAAACUGAUGAUAAAUUAGUGACAUAAACCUGAAAAACCUAAGUAUGUGAAACUGAGAUACCAACAGGUUCUUAAGCUAUAUUAGUCCUUUAUUUUCUUGAUCCAUAGUUGAGUAUUACUGAGUACUAAAGUAUUUAUACUAAGAAUCAAGGGGCUGUGGAAAAAAUUGAUCACAUUUCAAAGUAGAGAGGAAAAUGUCCUUUAAAUAGGGAAUAUGUUCCUAGUUUCCAUUUUAAUACCCGAUAUUGAAUUUUAAUUUUGGAACAAUUUUUUUUCACUGGUAUGUCUCAUUUUAUGUCUCCGUGAGGCAGAAAAGAGGGCAUUAGCUAGGGGAAGGCUUUACUUAGGUGGGGUGGAAUUUAUUUCGAAAAGGAGGCUGUUAAUCAGUGUAUUUACAGCAGCUGUGAUCACUUUUGUCCUGUCGUGGCAUUACUGACUAUGGAUAUUUCUUACUGGGGCUGCAUAUCAAAGAUGAGUAUGUUCAUCUGAGAAAAUGCUUCCCGUGAAUACAGUGCCUCCAGCUGUAUCUCUUUGUCUCUGUGAGACCACUUGUGUUCUGUAGAUUGAUGAUGUAUGUUCACACGUGAGGGUAGGAUUCUUAAGAUGAGGCGCGUGGUGUGCUCUAAGAUCUGGCUGGGCCUUCAAACCUCUACCAAAGAUGACAGGUGGGGGAGAUAAGAGGAUAGUGAUUAUGUAUGGUGCUACUUUGUGAACCUAUGAAAUAUCACAGAAUAUCAAUGUUCAGUUACUCCUGUCUUCACUGGGCAUGUUUAUGUGCAUGGAAGCAGGUAAAAGAUGUUUAAUAUACACUUGAAUACAGUCACCACAGAAAUUAGAGGGGUUUUUUUUCUCAUGAUUAAAUGAACUGCAAAACAACUGUUCACCCCAUUUUUCUUCAGAGGAUUAAAUCUAUCUGAUCCAACAUUAAAUUAUCUUAAAGAGAGAAGUUAGAGUCAGGAGUCAAUUUUACCACCCUCAAAAUAUUACAUUUGCCUCUCCAUCAGUAGGUGAGAAUGACAUUGUGAAUAUGACCUCUGACUCUAACAGUUGUAAAGCCAGUUACUUGUCAGGUAUGUAAGGUAAGAAUUGCACAGAAAACCAAGCCUUUCCUCCCCCCUCUCCUCGCUCCCCCCGUUCUCCUGUAUUCUUAGGCGUUGAUACUUCCUACCUAUUUUUGCUAGAGCUCCUCUUCUUUCCUCUUCUUUCCUUUAAAAAAACAACAACACACACACAACUUUUUUAAAAGGCAAUUCGUCUUCCUCACUCUAGAUUUCAAAACAAUGUUACACGAUGUCCCAGCUUCACUGAGUUUUUGAACACAGACUUCUUAAGCCUGCCUUCUGUUGAAGGAAAACAUAAUUGAUGUGUGAAUGGAAUCCAUCACCUGUUGAAAGAAGGGUUGUCAGAAAGAUGAUGUAGGGAGCAUGCCCUUAAUUGGGGAAUGAUAAAUGUAUUAAUAUAACUUUGUUGGUGCCAUAGAAAUAUUUUCAUCUGUAGAUAGAAAAUGUUCUCUUAAGCCAAAAUUGGUAUUUUUCAUUUAUUUGUAUAAUACUGACUUUGGAGAAGAAUUUCAUUUCUGUAUUAACAGUUUCUUAAUCGAUUGAAGCACCAUAUCUUAAUUUUAAAAUACAUUUGUUAAUUUCGUUUGUGUGUUUUUAAAAGUUAUUUUCUAAAAUUAAUUGUCAAGUUAACUUUCUGUGAUUUUUAAAAACAUAUUUGAACAGGUCAGUUUUUAAAUAGUUUGAAGUAUAUUAAUUCUGCACUCCACAUUCAUUUAAUCAUAAAGCCUGAAUUUGGUCACAGAACAGACUAUAAAUUGGGAAUAUUUUCCUAUAUUGGACAAUUCCAGUGUAUCCUAAGACAAUCAUCUUUUUAGGUGUGGUAUUUAUUGAAACAUUGGUAAUUUUAGGGUUCAGAUUGUUACUCUUCAGUUGGCUUAUGGAAUGAAAGUUAAUAGACUGAGUGAUUAUAUCACUUUAGAGUGAGAUAGGGAAUUAUUGCCAGCCUUCCUGUAAGUCUGCAGUAAAGAAUAUUUAAAAUUUUAUGUUAUAUUACUAAUACUUUCUCUUUCGAAGCUGUUGCAAAUGUCCACUUGUCCAUGAUUGAAAAUUAAGAUUAGUAACCAUUACAAUUUGACCCAUAAAUUAUCUCAAACAUCAAAUCAGUAUAGUAUGACCAAUCAUUGUAAAAUGUGAAAUUAUCAUAUGAUUAUCCUGAAGUAAAUUAUUUCCAAACCAUAGAGAAAUAAUCACAGUAUUUUUCAAAAUUGUAUUUCUACCCUCUUUUGCAUGUUACUGAUUUUUUUUCCUGAGUUAUAAAAAUGUGUUGUGAUAUAUUAAAAUCUGCAAGGAAAAUUGCUUUAAACAUUUUAGGGCAGUAAAAAUUUUACUAUUUCUUGAAGAAUGGGGUUUUAAAAAAACUUUAUCUUUUAUUAAAAAUAACUUAAUAAUUCAGUAAAAUAUUUUAGGACUUGGUUUUCAUGGCUUUUACAGUUAUUUGGAUACGUUCCUUUAGUCACUUAGACCAUAUGGCUAGUUCUCCAAUUGUUUUUUGUUUGUUUUUAAUAAACCAGCUAUUCAGCAAUCAGAGAGUCUUACAUUUUAUAGAUUUCUUCUAGUUGAGGUCGAAAGGUCUUAGAUAUUAGGAAAGGCAGGUACGAUGUCCUAACAUUUUCAUAGUAGAGCUUACAAAUGAAUUUAUCUAAAUAGGUUAUCUUUGGUAUGUAGCACCAAUACAGAUAGGGGUUUCAUUAGUCAUUGAAUCUGAUGAAGCAGUUAUAGGUCAUCUCUUACUUUGCUCUAAAAAUCGUUGUCAUUUCAGGCCAUGUUAUUUUCUCUGAGCCGUUUCCGUUGUAAGGUUGAAUAUCCUUUCUUUAUGCAAAUCAUCACUAAAGGUUAAGAUAUUCAGAUAAGAGUUAAAAAUAAGUUAUGUUUGAUUGUUUUUCCUGAAAAUAAUGGUGAACCUAUUGUCUGUAUUAUGGAUAUUAGGCAGAAAUGCACUUGUUUCGAUCAUAGCAGAAAUUACAUUUGGAGACCAUAAUUACUGGAUUUUCUAGUGGUGUGAAAUACUUUUUAAAAAUUGUGCUUGUCUGUAACUGAAAUGUUACAGAAUUGUAACACUAUAGGGAUUAUAGAGUUGUAUUUAUUAGCUCUCCUCAAGAGAUUGAAGCACAAUAAUUAUCAUGUAACAGUUCUUAUACAAGUGCUGCUAACCUGUCGUCCAAAUAAUGAAGCUAUUUGGUUGCCUAGCUAGCUAUUCACAAAUUACUGUAAUCCUUGAAACGUAGUCUUGUUGCUCAUUGUAUUAAAUUUUGGGUAUUGUGGGUUAAUACUUUAGAACAAAAUCCAUUAACUCAGCUCUGUGAGACAGCAAACCAUUUGAAUUCAUUAGUUUUAUAUGUAUUAUCAGUAGAAUAAAUUUUGAAGGGGCUAUUUACUACCAAUGACUAAGGGGGAAAAUUAUAUUGUAUCAUUUGACUUGAACUUUUGUGGUCUUGUAAAAGUCUUGUCUGUGUGUUUCCAGAUUGCUUAAGCCAUACAUACUUUUAAGGAUUUUUUCUGUAAUGUUCUUUUCCAGCAGCCUUUUCCUGCUUUAUCUGUUAUUGUUAAUACUUAUUUGAUUUUAGAAAUUGAGAGGUUAUUGAAACAUUUUUUCUUGAGUUCAUAACUUUUGACUCUUGUAUAUGUGAUUUGUCAUAAAGAAUAGCAAGCCUUUCACUACUUCACUAAAUGAAUUUCAGAGUAAACACUGUGAUUCUGCAGAGUGGGUUCUGUAGGCCCCUGUCUUUCCAAUGUUUUCUUCUUUUAUAUGGUGCCUACCACCUUGAGGGCGUUUAAAUACCAGUGGAUGGAAAGUUAAACAUUGUCAUUUUUUAUGUUUAUUGAAUAACAAGAUUACAGAAUAUUUGAUUUUUGUUGUCAGUGUAUUGAAAGCAUUUUUUUGCAUUGAUAAAUGUUCUCUAGGAAUGUGACUAACAUUCAUCUGGUGUGAACUCUUGUAAAUGAAUUUUGUAUCUUGAAUCCACGUAUAUAUUAAGUGUAUCAAUAUGAAAAUAAACAUUAUUUGCUUAAAGUUUUCUUAAGAAUGGUUGACACCGUAAA